AUGUCCUCGGCGCAGGGACUCGCGCGUUACUUCCAAGGUUUGGCCGCGGGGGAUGAGAUGGCUGGGUUGAUCCGCGGCCUGCGUACCUCGAUGUGGCAGUGCUACCAGAACUGCCUACACUGUCCUGCAGCUGUACAGGUGCCGACUUCGCCGGCAUUGGCAAGUGGAGGGGAGAGUAGCGUGGAGGCAUCUGCUGAUGGAUCUGCGGCGCUCUCGUCACGCAUCGAUGACGCGUCGCUAAGGGGGUCCUCCUUUGCGGAUGCCGGCACCCGACCCACGAGCCGAGGGAAUCAUGGCGUAGGUAUGGGAGCGGCACCACUGGCUGCUGUUCCUGCAGCGCCCGCCCCAAUCCCACUCGGCAAGCUGAAGGCGGCGGAGCGCCGGCAGUACUGGUCGGCCACCAAAGCUGCCAUGCUCUUCGCUGUCGAGAGCCCUUCCGUGGCGGAGGAGGCGACCGCGCUUCACUGCUCCACUAUCACACGCUCUCUUCUGUACAACUACUACUAUCCUAGUGAAGGUGGGGGUGCUGCCAGCAGCACGCCGCGCGUGAGCACGACGCUUGAAACUGCACCUGCCAUGUCUAACCUGCAUCGCGGAGAAGUGCGGUGGGUGUUGAGUGAUACGCGCGUCGCUGAGCUUGCUAGGGAGGCGUUAAAAAUGGAUCGAUGCGACAGCGGUGCCUGCGGGUGGCAACGCGCCCUCGCGCUGCUGCGCCAGGUCGACCCCACCCCACUCACCUCGGCUGUGGAGCUGGAGCUCUACCGACGCACCGACGGCCGCCACUGGGCCGAGGCGCUGGGCUGCCUCUGGCGCAUCGGACCCGCUCACUGGACGGAGAUGGACGUGGCAGCCGCAGUUCGGUGUCUGUACUCUGCUGGUCGUCGCCACCACCAGGAGAACCGUGUCACCCUCAGCGCUGACGAAGUCGCACGAGCUGCUACAGAGGGUGGCGAGGGCGGCUUGCAUGUCUCCAGCUCCCUGUUUCAGGCGCGACUGAAAGCGCAGGCGCUGCGCAUCCACCACGCCGUGGAGACGGCAGGGGUGCUGCGAUGGAGCACAUCAUCUACCUUCAACGAUACUCUGGGCCUUGUCGCACUCGACACGGCGGGGUGGCUGGAUGCAUGUGCGCUGCUCGAUAAGCUGCUUGCGGGUGCGGCUGCUGCCGCCUGCUCCCGAGACGCGGGCGUGAGGGGGGGUGCCACGAGAGGAGCCGUGGGCGUCGUUCGACGUGAGAAGGCGGUGCACACUGUGCAGCGUAUCACUGGCGACGAGGCUGUUGCCGACAGUGAGCUGUUUCCGGCGUCAACGUUCUACGACAGCGAGAUGGUGUCUCACAGCAGCGGUACGCUGGUGGCACCCCACUCACCGCAGCGCGCACGGUCCCCUGAGUCCCUCUACCACCUCGUCCGAGCCAAUGCGGUGACGGUUCAUCAAACGUGCCGCGCGCUUCGGUCCCGCUGGGAUGUGGGGCUGCGCUAUGUGCAGCUCCUGCAAGACGCCUUCGUCGACACCCUCGACCUUCCAUCCGACACGGCGGCAACGGAAGACGUGCUUCGACUGUGCAUUACAGGUCAUCAAUGGGAGGCGGCGCUGCGGCUCGUGAGAGCUCAUCAAGCAGCAAUGGCCGAUGGCGCCGAGGGCGAUCGCCGGCCCGCGGCCGCUGAGGUUGCGGCAUCGAAAAGGGCACAACUGCCGCAACACCGGAAACACUACCGCCCAGAUGUAUUUGUACAGCUGGUGCGCCUGUUCGGGUCUGUGCAGGCGUCACGCAGCGCUGCGUAUGACCUGAUUCACCGUUACGCGGCACCCAGUGCCGCCUUUUCAACCGCCCGUGUCAACGUGAACAGUAACAGUCCCACCGUGGUGGGGCUGGAGCUAUCGAAGCACUACAACACGAACACUCUCUCACGCGCGUACAACUUCCUCGUGCAGAGUGCGGAUACCCUCGACGCAGCUGAGCAGCUGCUUGAGCAGCUCCGGCAUUCUCGAUCGCCGCCACUGCAGGGGUGUAGCACAGCCGCUCAAGACGCGAAAAGCCACGCAGGCGGCGAUGCAGGCCAGCCGCGUCGUUACAUUGACGCCGGACUGGCUGGGCUCGAGACUGAAUCGGUGGCUCACAUCGCCUAUCUAUCAGCCGUCGCGGGCGAUUGGCGCCGUGCACUGCACCAUGUGAACGCGCUACUCCACGAGCCGCGCUAUCGCACCACUUUCUUCCCGACAGCUCGCCUCCACGACGCAGUGCAGUACGCGCUCGAGCAGGCGCCGUCUCCCGGGCCGUCUUGGCAGGUAUCACUGCAGCUCUUCACGGACAUGAUGGAGCGCAAUGUGCCGAGCUCUGAGGUGUCUUUCCAGUCCGCAGUGAAGCGCUGCUUUGCUGGUGGCGUGCCCGAUCAGGCGCAGAGGCUCUUUCACUUCGUCCUGCGCAAUGGCGUGCGACCGUGA